AUGCCCGAUACGUACACCUGUAUAACCUGCCAGGUUCUCUUUAAUUCUGCCGAUUUGCAACGAGAACACUAUAAAUUGGAUUGGCAUAGGUAUAAUUUGAAGAGGAAAGUAGCUGGUAUCCCUCCAGUGACUUUGGAAGCAUUCGAGCAGAGAGCUAAGGAACACAAGGAACAAAGCCAAAAUGAAAACUGUGACGAAUCAGUUUAUUGUAAAUGUUGUUCCAAAUUGUUUAACACAAAAAAUGCAUACAACAAUCAUCUAAAUAGCAAGAAGCAUAAGUUAGCUGAACAGAAAAGUGUCCAAAGUGAUAAAGAAAAUGAGAAACAAGAGGAUGAUAGCCAUUCUGAAACAAAUAGUUUUGAGAAGAUUGAGACUAAUCCACAGCCCCAAGAGAAAUUUGUUGUAGUAAAAGCUGACAAUCAGUCUGAUGAUGAGGAUAUUGAAACUGAUUCAGAAAUUGAAGAGCUUGAUUCAGAUGAGUGGGAUGAAUGUAGAGUUAAGGGUAGUGAUUCACUUAUCAAACCCCAGGAUUGCCUGUUCUGUGGUCACCAUAGUAAGAACAUGGUGAAGAAUCUUAGACACAUGUCUGUUACACAUUCAUUCUUCAUACCUGAUGUGGAGUACUGCAUUGAUCUCAAGGGACUGAUUCUGUAUCUGGGGGAAAAAAUAUCUCAAGGAUACAUGUGCUUGUGGUGCAAUGACACUGGCAAGACAUUCUAUUCAAUGGAUGCAGCACAGGGUCACAUGAUAGAUAAAGGACAUUGCAAAAUGCUUCAUGAAGGAAUUGCUUUGGCCGAGUACUCUGAUUAUUAUGAUUACAGCUCCUCAUACCCUGAUCAUGCAGAUGGUGAUGAAGAUAUGGUGGUGGAUGAACCGGCAGAUGCCACUACUGUUGAUGCAGAUAAUUUCCAACUGGUUCUUCCGUCUGGUGCAGUUGUUGGACAUAGAUCCUUAUUGAGGUACUACAAACAAAACUUGCCAGCGAGCACAGAAGUGGUUCUAAAGAAGUCAGAACGCAAAUUGCAUCAUUUGUUGGGAGUGUAUCGGGCCUUGGGUUGGGCUCCCAAGGAACAGGCUGCUGUUGCCAAGAACGCUCGCGACAUUCACUUUAUGAAGCGUGUUCAAUCAAAAUGGCAGAUGAAGAUGUCGAUGAAAAAUAACAAGUUCCAGAAACAUUACAGGCCACAGGUCAACUUUUAG